AUGAAGUUACUUCCGGCAAUUUUGGCCUCAACCUUAGGGUUUGAUGCUGACAGCCCAAUGGAAGCAAUUCAAUUUGCCCAUUCCCGAGUUCGAAAUGGCUUCGUUUUGCCAGAAAUGGAAGAAAUUAAUUUUGCGAACGAACGCCUUCUUGCCGAAACAUUCAGUCCAUCAAACAGAAACCUAAACGUGCAAGAUGCUGUUGAACGAUCAAAUAAUAUUACUCUGGGUUUUUUCCGCCAAGGAAGUUGCGAUACUUCCUUUCCUUCGUUAGAUGGCAGUUGUAACGCUCCUAACGACCUUGGUAGAUCAAUGCAGCAGUAUACAAGAUUAGUACCAGCAGAUUACUGCGAUGGGCAGCAAUCCCCAAGAUGCUCCUCACGAGGACGACCCCUUCCGAGCGAACGACAAGUCAUGAUUAGAAUGAGAGGAACUAACGGAGCCCCAACUAGAAACCCAGUCGCCUCUUAUGCAUUCACUGCAUGGGGACAGUUCCUUACCCACGAUAUCAUUCAAACCCCAGAUGUUGGCGGAGCGUCUUGUGCCUGCAACGGUAGCAACAAUAACUGUAAAGUAAUCGACAUUGAUCGACAAACGGAUCCAAUUCUGACCUUCCCUUGCAUGUUCAUCAAGCGUUCAUCUGGAAAAGUGGGUCAACAGGGUGGAGAAGCCGUUCGAGAGCAAGUAAAUCAGCUUUCUGCAUUUAUCGACGGCACAGUUGUUUACGGUUUUACUAACAAGCACAAAAAUCUCCUUCUCGCUGCGGAUGGUAUGCAUCUUAAAAUGCGAAACAGUCCAAAUGGACCUAUUCUUCCUGGACUCAACCAGUUUAAUGACAAUCAGAUUAAGAAAGACUUCGCCGCAGCCAAUGUUUUCAAUGACAAGGGACAUACUCCUCAAGUAGCUGGAGAUACUCGAGUUAUGGAAAAUCCUAUUCUGAUGAGCUUCCACACUAUGUUCGCUCGACUCCACAAUCGAGUGACUUUUGUUGGCGCUAUUCUCAAACAAAUCACUUACAAUGAAUACCUUCCUAUUCUUCUUGGAAGAAAUGCAAUCAAUUUGUUCCCGGGUGUUCGAAUGAGCAAAGCUGAUAAGCGGCCAGCGAGAACUCGAUUUGCUAAAGAACCAGAUGAAGAAGAAAUCAUGCAAAGAAAUACUGGUUUUGUUCCACCAGCACAAGAUAAUCCUUCUAUUAGACAGGAAUUCCUCGUCGCUGGAUUCCGAGUUGGGCACUCUACUGUACCCGAACAACUUCUUAGCGCCAACAGAAAUUUGCAGGUUCAAGAUCGACGAGAUCUCAAGGACAAUUAUUUCGACCCCGAUAUGUCUAUCGAGCAUGGACCCGCUGGUUGCAUUCGUGGUGCGAUGGCUGGAGACUCCAACCGAGUUUCCGGAUCAUACGCUCAGGCAACGAUGAGUCACCUCUUCAAGCCAAACAACUUCAGGCAUGGAACUGAUCUUGGAUCCAUCAACAUUGCCCGAGGCCGUGAACACGGCGUUGGUAGCUAUGAAGCUGUCAAACGAUUUUGCAUGGGUCACGAAAGCUUCAGACGCCUAUACAAUGGCAACAACCCUGCCAUGAUCAAUGGCUGGAACAACAUCCUUCGAUUAUACGAUGACCCCGAGGAUGUGGAUUUGUACGUUGGAAUCCUAAACGAGCAGAAGAUGCCCGGCGCUGAAAUCGGCCCCACAGCUGGGUGCAUUGUUCUUGAGCAGUUCAUUGCCCUGAAACGAGGCGAUCGAUUCUGGCAUGAAAAUGCCGGGGUGUUCACUGAUGCUCAGUUGGCCGAGAUUAAGUCCACCACGCUCGCCAAGGUUAUUUGCGAGACCAUGGAGGAUAUGGAGAGAACAAAUAAAAAUGUCUUUCUCCGCGCCAACAUUCGAUUCCAAGGCCAGACAAACAAUAUUGUGACCUGCGCCAAUGUCGGCAAACUCGACUUCCGAAGCUGGAGAGUUGAAGAAACUCAGGGACCCAAUGAUCAGCCAGAUCCAGAGACAGCAACUUCAGCGCCACAGACCCAAACAGCGGACCGUGUCGAAUUCGGUUGCAAAUUGGUAAAUGGCCGGCGACACGGUCUUAUUGAAUGUGGCCGAGCUGGCGACUGGACUGAUGCUACUCUCGAUGAUUUAGUCGAACACGUCAAAAGAAGAGGAGGAAUCCCAAUCCAAGGAAAGCGACAACAAAUGGUCAACUUGGCUUUGAAGGCUGUCCGACGUAUUUCAAUCGCAGGAAACAGCCAGGUUACGAGUUCCGACAAAUUAAAAGGAGUGAUCUCACAAUUCAACAAUCUUCUCGAAUUGGACAUUUCAGGAACUGGAAUUUCGUCAUUUACAACAGAGACCAUCAGCAACAACAAUGUGCUCGGAAAUGUGAACUUGGAAGGGACUAACGUCAACAACAUUGAUAUGGAUCUUUUCAUGAAGCUGAGAGAGAACCUUGCUCGAGGAAACAAAUUCAUCUUCUUCGGCUAA